UCAUGUGAUUGUAGUGUGUGUGUCAUCCAUGCACCAUCAUAUGUUUUGAAGCCGUGUUUUGUUCGACAUUUUUGACGUUUAUCCAUUUGUGUUUUAUUCGGUGAUGUGCAGUGUGCCUUAUUUCGGGAAAAAUUGAGGGUGGUAACGGGGGAGUCGUCAGCCAGCGAGGGGGCGGCGGCGGUGGACAGUCGUCGUACGCCACCGGCGGCGGAGGAGCGGGCGGAGGCCUGGUGAAGGCAGGAGGCGGCUCGGGAACGGCGGCGUCUCUGACGAUGGCGACGCAGCAUCAAACGUCGGGCGGCUACCGCGGCUGGAACUCGGUGGGCGCUGGACACCAGCACCCGGCGGCGGCCGCGGUGGCGGCUGCCGCGGCGGCGGCGGCCACUCAACCGCCCCCCGCGCAAACCAACUACUACAGGUACUCGCAGGUGGCGCAGAACGGACCGCAACCCCUCAACACCUACGCAUACAACUCGAACUCGUACUCCAACCCCAGGGAGGCGGCGACCGCCACCUCGCCAUCCAACGAGUCGAACGCGUCGAGCUCGAACGCCGGCAGCCAGUCGCAGCAGAGCGGCGGCUCGGGGGCGGCGGGCGGCGCCCAGAACGGCGGCGUGCCGAUAUCGUCGGCGGCCGCGGCGGCGGCUCAGCAGGCCGCGAUGGCGAACAGCCAGGCCAACGGCGGCGGCGCCUCCUCGAACGCGUCGUCGGCGGCGGGACUGGGCGGCGGUUCCGAGCAGCUCAGCAAGACGAACUUGUACAUCAGGGGGCUGAAUCCCACCACCACCGACAAGGAUCUCGUCAACAUGUGUCAGGCAUAUGGAAACAUCAUUUCGACAAAGGCAAUCUUAGAUAAGAACACUAACAAAUGUAAAGGGUAUGGUUUCGUGGAUUUCGAGAACCCAGCAGCGGCCGAAUCGGCCGUUAAGGCGUUAACCGCAAAGAAUGUGCAGGCACAAAUGGCGAAACAACAAGAACAGGACCCCACCAAUUUGUACAUAGCCAACUUGCCGCCUAACUUCAAAGAGGCAGAUUUGGACAAUAUGCUGUCCAAAUACGGACAAGUCAUAUCGACCAGGAUCCUGCGCGACACAGCUGGCUUCUCGAAAGGCGUGGGCUUCGCGCGCAUGGAGAGCAAGGAGCGGUGCGAGCACAUCAUCCACACGAUGAACGGCAGCCACUGCCCGGGCAGCAAGGACCCUCUCCUCGUCAAGUUCGCCGACGGCGGCAACAAGAAGAAGAUCUACAAGAACAACGACAACGCCAAGAUGUGGCGGCAGGACGACGCGAUGGCGGUGACGUACGAUCCGAACGUGCUCACGUCGAACGGCGUCUCCCCCCAGCACAUGAUGCUGCAGCAGUUCAGGGGCUACAACCCGCAGGUAUUCCAGUAUCCGUACGGUUACAUGAUCCAGCAGCCGUUGCAAAUGGACGAAAGUUACAGCAUACCCGGCCACAUAACGCCCUACAAAAACGACGGCCAACCACCGAGAGCCAUUCCUUACGUCAUGCCGAACGCCGAGCCCGUUCAGUACCCACCCAAUAUGAUGCACCAGUUGACCGCCCAAUUGGGCACGAUGUCUCUGAACAGCCAAUACAUGAAUCCAGGGCCGUACCAGUACUACCCGGUUGUGCACGCCGUCCCUGUAGACUCCGAGCACACGUCUAACGCGGGAAGCCCCGACGACCCGUACCAAUCUUACCAGGGCGGACCGCAGCAGAAGUAA